GCAUAUUUAUAAAGACAUAGAUUUGCAUCAAUAUUACAGAUGAUGUUUAAUAUUACUCACAAACAAUUCAGAGUUUGUUUAUUUCACUCAUUCAUAAUGCAUGUCCCAUUCACUGAUUUCAACACAUGUGACGUACCCAGCUGCCACCAUGACAGAUAUGUUCGAUGUGUACUAUGACGUCACAACACGAUAGGAAACACUGAACACGAAGGGAAAACAUAUACCAUUUACUUGGUGGAAAAGUUUUUGAAUCAACGGAAAGUUUAGUAAAUAAAAUAUUUGUUCAAAAUUCUAAUCAAUUGUCUGGCUUACAAGAAAAGAACUUAGCACCAUUUCGAAAGAAAUCUCUUACACACGAUAACAUAUGACAUAGCAACUAGAAACAAAAUGCAUACCCUAAACAUCACAGAACUGUGCUACCAUACCAACUUACCAAUAUGCGACGAAACAACACAAUCAAAAGACAACAGCUCAUCACUUAUGAAGACACAUUUUCCAGCUAUAAUCAUUGCAUGUUUUGCAUUUGCGUUGAAUAUCACCGAAAUAAUAUACAUUACAUCGCAAAGGCGAAAACGAGCUGCUACUGAAUAUUUACUUCUCAGUUUUGCAAUGGCUGACUCGUUGUACAGUUUCGACGUAUUUGUAGGUAUGUCCUUGAUCAUAGUUGGAAAGAAGUAUGAUUUCUUUGAUGUUAGCAUGAUUGUAGUAAUCGGCUAUCAAAUUGCACAGUUCACUAUAUAUGCAUCUAUCUUUCACGUGUUGUUUAUUUCAUUGGAGAGACUAGCAGCUGUCGUAUUUCCUUAUAAAUAUAAACUGUUCAUGAGGACUGAUCGAAUUAAAAUUGUGAUAUACUUUCUUUGGUUGCUGACUGCAUUACUGCAAGGAACAAUGGCAGCUGUAGAAUACCGCGACGGACUUUAUGAAUCAAGUCAUCACGAAGAUACUGUAUUACAUACAGCAAGCGGUAUCACAUUUUGUGCUGGUAUAUUCCUCUUUGGUGUUUAUGGGUACAUCUUUUAUGCCAUCAUUAAGCGAUCAAGGUACAUGCGAAGAACAAGCGUAGAUGUAAACCCAUUUCAAACUAGACGCCACAAAGCAGAAAUUAUCGCAUGUGUUACGGGUUUAAUCGUUUCUGUUGGUUUCAUUGUGUUUUCGUUUCCAUUAGCGAUCUCAUUUUGUUUGCCUCACUCAAACUUCGCCAUACGCGUUUCAAUAGCUGCCCAUUUCUUCCUCAUUUUUAAUUCGGUAUUCAAUCCCUUGGUUUACUUCUGGAGAGGGCAGUUUAUAAAAGUCAUGAAAAGGAAGUCCAAUAGAAGAAAAGAGAAAAAGCAGUUAAAAGAUGUUGACUUGUCAACUGUUUCGCCACGAAAUAACACAAGGUACAAUGUUUCAACCAUUCAGUUAAGUAACAUUAUGUACGCCAGUACUUUGAGUGUGAUCAACGCAUCGAUGCCUGAAUCGUCGCGUCAUCCACGAUUGUAAGAAGGUUCUGAGAAGUAAAGUAAAAAGAUUCGUAAGUGAACAUUCUAGAUAUAAAAACAAAACAAAUAUGGUUAUUGAUUAUUUUUGAACUGCAAAAAUACUGCAAAUGACAAUAAGAAACUGAAAAAAAGUGGUUUAACACCCACGGUCGCCUGUGAAAAGUCAAGUUUCAGAAAUAGCUAUUGACUUUUCUUUUCUGCUUCUUUCUGGAAUCUAUAUAUAGAAUGUAUUUUGAAUUUCGACCUAUUUCUAGUUAAUUUUGCAACCCUCGUAAUAAUGACCGUUGACAUUUUACAUUUAUA